CCGGCUCGUCCAGCUCUUCUUCCUCUUCUUUCUUCCCACCCCUGAUCGCUGCAUUCUCUCCCUUUUCGCCCAUCUUUUUGUCGCUGAAACUUCCCUCCCCUCCGCAGCCACUGGUUCCAGCCCUCGUCAUCGUUACGUUAUCCGUCCAGCCAUACCCAUCACAAACAUCCACGCAGUCCGUGGCUGCGUCGCUCAAUUUGCGUCGCUAGCGGAUCGCCAGGAUCUCAGCCAGUGGCGUGCAUCUUUCUCAGCCCGGUGAAAAUCCGUGCUGCAAGCUGUCUCUUUGUCUUCGUCGUUUCGAAACACUGUCCUGAUAAGCACCCGUCGACCCACCAUCAUUACUCGCUGUCCCCUUUUACGCCUUGGAACCUCGCAUACUCCUCUCCCCCCCUUGCUUCCUUGUUCCAGUCAUGGCUGAUGUCGGCUUGGACGUCGUUCUGGCCAUAAGAAGCUUCUACCUGCUCGUCGCCGCUGCGAUCAUUGGCAUUUAUGCUAUCCCACCCUUCAAAAGCAGGUUUCUUGCCUACGGCGCUCGAGCCGCACCCAGCAGCAUGCCUAAAAAUGGCCUUCUUGACCACCUCGCCGCCGUCACCGUCCCACAUGCCUGGUUCAAACACUUCUACAUCCUCUCGAUUGCGGCGUGUCUCUUCUGGCUCGGUGUGAUUCUUACCCAAAAUCCAAUCUUGGAUCGCGUACUUUCGUUUUCCAAAGAACCAGAAGUACCAGUGUCGGCCAUGCAAGUCUCCAUCGCAUGGUUCGCACUCAUCCUGCACAGUGUCCGUCGUUACCUGGAAUGUUUGGAGGCUGCACCGAGCUCGUCGCGCAUGUUCGUUGGACACUGGGUGAUGGGACUACUCUUCUACGUCGUUACCAGUGUUGCUGUGUGGAUAGAAGGCGACCGCCGUCUGAUUAAGCACACCGUCAACGAAGAGACCGGCGACUCGGACUGGAUUCUCCUCCUUGUGUCACCAGACAUUUCGUACGGCAAGCAACUGCUCAUUGUUCUUGGUGUUGGUAUCUUCUUCCUCGCCAGCGUCACCCAGGGCAAUGUUCACGGCUAUUUCCGCGAUCUGAAGCAGUUGACGAAAGGGAAGUAUACACUGCCACAGCAUCCCUUGUUUGACUACACAGUCACGCCACAUUACGCCGCUGAGUGCUUCGAAUACCUUGGUCUGGCGUUGAUCUUAGCUCCAAAGGGACGGGUGUUUAACACGACUAUGCUGUGCUGCUUGGUUUUCGUGGUAGUAAAUCUUGGUGUGACGGCGGAUGGAACGAGGGAAUGGUACAAGGAAAAGUUCCCCAAGGACAAGAUCGAGAAAAAGAGUAGGAUGAUUCCAUUCAUCUGGUAGAGAUGACAGGGUUCACUUCACACGUGGCAGAUGCUUUGAACGUUAUCUCUAACGUAUCCAGUUCAGGAGUUUUCAACGGAUACUAAGAGUCGUAGACGUCUACUGAAGAUUGAAGCGCAUGAAUCAUUGAAAAGCGUAGUUGGCAUCUACGAAGAUCAUUAGAAGGUGCAAUCACCGAGCCUUGUUGCAUGUACGUCGUGAUGUGUUAGAUAAAAGUUUAAAAAGCAUUAAUUGGGAAGGAAUUCGAGGGUUCAAUUCUGUAUAUGCAUGCACUUUACAUCAACACAUUGUGAAUGUUGAUUUAUAGAUUCUAGCGGUCCUCUG